GUGCUUCUGACUCAUCACUCCUCACUGCUCGCCAUCUACCGAGUCACUCCUCACUCCUCAACAGCCAUCUUGCUGGAAAGAACAGCACAAAGCCUUCAACAAGGUCAAGGCUCAAGACCAGACAGGGAAUCAGGUGCUGUGUGCUCUGUACCUGUACAAGAUUCGGUCGAUGGCGGCGGGGUUCUCCUGGUGCUGGCCGUGGCUCAGCUCCGGCGCGGCGUGGUUCAUCUUCUUCAACGUCGUCGUCGGCGCCGUGGCAGUCCUGUCCUGGGCGCAGCAGGGCGGCGACGCGGAGGUGUCGAGGCGGAGGCGGCUCACCCGGAGCGCGUCGUCCAUGGUCAUGGAGCGCCUCCGCUCCAUGUCCGUCUUCGCCGCCUUCCACUCCGUGCCCGAGCACGACUACGGGGGCGGCGGCGGCCUCACGCCGCCGGCGUCGCCGUCGCGGCUCCACCACGUGCGGGAAUACUACACGUCGACGUCGUCGCGAGAAGAGGGAGGAGAGGCGGUCGGGCACGUGGUGCAGCCGGAGCCAGCCCUGCCGGCGACCAUGGCUACGUCGACACCGGCUGCAGCGGAAGCACGUUCAGCGGCUUCGAUGCCAGGGAGCGACGACGAGGCAGUGGCACAGACGCGGACGGAGAUGUCUGGAUGCUUGGAAGAUGCGUGCGCGGUAGCUGGCCAGCCGCGGGACGAGCUGGCGGCGCCGGAGCCAACGCCGGCCACGGCCGCCGCCAUGGAGAGGCCGAGGAAGCGGGAGCCGGCUGUGAAGGUGGUUCAGACUGUGUGGCGGCGCGCGUACGCGGAGGUGGAAGAGAAGGCGGAGGUGAACGCGCGGGCCGAGCGGUUCAUCCGGCAGUUCCGGGAGGACCUCAAGCUGGAGCGCAUCAAAUCCAUCCUCAACCGCGGCUGCGCCGCCGCCGCGUCGGCACGGUAGCCGUUCACGUAUGGCCCGCCGGCGCAUCGCUACCACUGCUCUAAUGGCUUUUGUCAGCGUGGUCUACUAGAAAAUGUUGAUUUCUUUUGUUUUGAUCUGUGCUUCCCUAGGCGAGUUGACAACGCUACUUGUUCAUUUCUUUC